CUGCCAAUGUCCAUCUAAGAAACACCGGAUGUAUAAAACAGUGGAGAAAAAGUUCGAGUCUCCAGAGAGUCCCCCCUGUUAGCCUUGGACUUUAGUAUUGAUUUAAGGGUUGGCUCUGAUUCAACAUUCUCUUUCAUUUGACUGCAAACACCUGACAGCUACUGAAGAUGAGAGUCUUCUUCGUUCUGUUGGUAAUUCCCAUGGUCCUCGCUGGCGACUUCCGCCGGAUGUGGGUGGACGCUGGGGAGAAGAUCAAGGACAAAUUCGCCGAGAAGGAAGGAGCAGAGGGGUGGGGCAAAGAGCCAGAGACUCAGGACAAUGACUGGGGUGUGCAAGUAGCGAAAGGCUGGGGCGAGCAGGCUUUGAAAGGCUGGGCCGAACAGGCCUCCAAAGGCUGGGGUGAACAGCCUGCCAAAGGCUGGGGGGAACAGCCAUCCAAAGGCUGGGGCGAACAAGCACCCAAGGGCUGGGGCGAACAAGCACCCAAGGGCUGGGGCGAACAGGCCUUCAAGGGAUGGGCCGAGGAAAAAGCUAAAGAGUGGGGCGAGGAGAAACGAGAGGGCUGGGGCGAGGUAGCCAGAAAAGGCUGGGGCGACAACCAGCGCAACGAUUGGGGAGACGACAAACAAAGAGGCUGGGGAGGCGAUGACAAGAAAGACGCCUCCGAAGAGGACAGGCCAAGAUGGCGCUGGGGGGACAAAGAGGAGGAUGACAAAAAGAAAGAGUGGGAUCACGUAAGACGCAGGGAUCGCGACGACGAGAAGAAAUGGGAUCGCGAUGAAGAGAAGAAAUGGGAUCGCGAUGAAGACAGAGAACGGGGAGACAGACGCAAACGCAGGGACGAUGAAAAAGACGAUGAUGAUAAACCAAGACGCAAAGACAACGAGAGAGAUGACGAGGACGACGAUAAAGGCCUUGAUAUUAAAGAGAAGAAAGCUUUGUUUGCUCAGUUUAAAGAAUGGCUGAAGAAACAAGAGAAGCAGGAUGAUGACCAGGAAGACACAAAAGAGUACUUGAAAAAGAACUUGGUUAUCUUUAAAGAGUACAUUAAAAGAAAGGCCUUGAAGGAAGAGGAAGAGAAGGAAGCCAAGGCAGCCAUCUUUAAACAGAUGGAGAAAGUCCAAAUUAAGAAGAUGCUGAACGAGAAACUCUACAGCCUGACCGAGGAAUACAAGGGGCAGAAACUCAACUUCAUGUAUGAGAUUACUGAACAUUUCCUUGGCUUCUGCAAGUGCGACUCCUCCAAGAGCGUCCUCGAGAGAAUCUACAAUGGUCAAUAUGGCAGCCCAGACUUUGCCAAUGAGAUUGAAUCUCAAAACUUUGACACCCUUCAGUUUGACUGGGGCAGUCUUGACACCAUGAAUUUCACUUUGAGCAACUCAACAAUCGCCCAGUACAUGAAUGAUCCCACUAAAAAAAUGGAAAAAAUGAAAUGGUUUGAUAGCCUGUCACGUGACGAGCAGGUCAAGUUCAUUCUCCACGAGUACAUCCAGCUGAUGUGCAGUUCUGCCAAGCAGCUCACUCUCUUGUUGAACCAGGCUGAACCAGACUACCUUCAGUAUAGAAGAACCAAACACGCUUAACAGGUGAACCUCUUCAAGGGAGAGCAGAGCGAACAGAAGAAUCUCAUUUCAUUAUAUUUUUUCACAAACAUUUCUCUAACAGAAAAAUCAAUAAAAUCAAAACCAAUCUAUCACCAAAAUAUGAUAUCAAAUGUUUUAAGACAUAAUAUUGAUUAGUAUGUACAAUAUAUGCCAAUAAAGAUAUUUUUUU